CAAAAUAUCCAUCUUCCCUAACAAUGAGAAUCAAUUUUCACAGCCAUAAUAAAUAGGCCAUUAGUCUUUUAAUGGAAUGUGCUAAGGGUCUCUCCAGCACUACAAUGGUCAUCUCUUGAUGCAGGAAACAGAAAUAUGCUUCAGUCUAGCAGGAAGCUCUCAGCAUUUCACACUGCCGGUUUGUGACUUUCUAGCUUAUUGUAUCUCACCACCUCUUGAGUUUAAGAGAAAGGAUGUAAGAGUCUCUGAAUCCUAUAAAGUUGUCUCUACUUAUGAUGUGGUGCAACCACACAAUGCUAUAGUUCUACUAGGAUGGGUUGCUGUAGUGUGACAGCCAGGGGGAACAAAUCAACACCUGAUGGUCAUGAAGAGGCGGAGCUGUUGCACAGAGAUGAAAGCAGGAAACAAUCAGAGGUUGGAUCUCCCAAUGGUGGAACCUGUAUUUCAGCACAACAGGUGAGGGAAAUAUUGACAUCAGAAAAUGUUGGCUCCUAUUCAGUAGAAGAUAAACAGUUUAAGUCCAAGCCAGUAUUAUUUUGGGGGAAAACUCGUGAACAUCUAAAUGAUCAGAUAUUCAAAGAGCCCAUUCGAGGCUGGGAAGGACAGCAUGUUUAUUCUUAUGGAAGAGUUGUUAUGUCUUCUCUGGUGGUUAUCCAGAUAAGUAGCACGCAGGAGAUGUCAGAAUGCUUUUUGGUUCUCUUUCCUCUUCAUUUGCUGAUUUUAUCAAUGGAUAAUCAGGAGAGAAGAUUUAUUUACCAGGGUCUCCUUCCCCUAUCAGGAAUGAGUGUGCUUUGCACACAGACAAGUACAGGACAUACCUUCCAAAUAAAUGGACCAAUGAUAGAGCCACGACAAGUGACCUGCCUCAACUACAAUGACAAGAAUCUCUGGAUAUCAACGUUACAAGAUCAUAUCCAUGAGGCCAAUAUACAUUCUUCACCAGUUACACCCUGUCUCAGCAUUUUAUCUUAUUUGGUGCCAUGUGACAAAUUGUGGAAGAAGAAUGAACUUAUGCAAUACCUAACAUCUUGCCCUAUUCAGCUGUGGGAAGGAAAAGCAAUCCAGCACAUGGGCAAAGCCAUCUUCCUGUCUACAGUGCAAGUGUCACAUACUAUUGAUGGGGCUUACGAAGAACGGAUUCUGGUGCUUUUUCCUGAUGACCUUGUUUUCCUCUCUGUAGACCCUGACAGGACCACAGUUACCCAUCAGGGGACACUUCCAUUAAAUGCAGUCCGAGUCUAUGAAAGCUUAGCAUGGAAUGGGAGAUUGGAAUUUCAGAUUACAGGAGAAUUUAUGGAGCCAAUAUUAAUCUCUUGUAUGACUGCUUCAGAUUAUAAUCAAUGGAUUUUUCACCUACAAAAGGUACAGCAUUACUAGCCAGAACAGGACAACUGUGCCGUUAAUCUACGCCCUUUGAUAUCGUUGCCAGCCAGAUACAGAAGAUAAGAAAAAAUUAAUCUUGCUGAAGAACUACAAAGCAGAGAGAACCUGUUAUGUAACCCUUCAUGGAAAACAUAAUCAUAAAUGAACCCACCAACACAAGCUGGAGGAGUCAAAAUGGACAAAGCAACGAGUAACAUAGAAUAAACUGUGACAACCAUCUGAUAUACAAAAAAGCAUCAUGGAAAGGCAAAUUAGUCACAUAGUAAUCAAAGGAAUAAAAAAAGGAAGUGCUAAAUGUUGUGUAGUGUAAAUAUAAAAUGUCAGAUAACAGAUACAAUGAUACAGAGAAGUUGGCUUAAUAAUCAGUCACUCACAUACAGAAUUGGUGUGGACCAAUAUACUGUAACAACACUACAGUUAAAGGGACAUUGAAGUGUAAAAUUGAUUCCCUUUAAUGUAUUCCAAUGACUUGUUAUACCAGCUGCAGAUUAUAAAAUAUAUCAGGAAUUA